AUGAAACAUUUCAUCAUUGGAUAUUUGAAAGACAUAGACUAUUUUUACGACGAUUGUGUUCAAUUGUAUUCAACACACGCCUUGUAUCACCUCUAUGAGCAAGUACUCGACCAUGGUUCACUUUGCUUUCAUAGGUGUGUUCUUAAACAAAAGAAUAACACUUGCCAUUUAUCAAUUAUGUUUGGAAUUGAAAGCGCAUUACACCAUCUUGAAAAAAUGGCGAACGGUACAACCGCGCUAGGUAGUCAAAUCGCUUACUGGCAUUGCAUUUAUUCUGCAUUAUGGUCCCACUCAACAGUAUAUACUCGACAGUUAUUUGAAAAUCAAGGACCACUGAAUGGCUACAGUUACAUUGUUGACAAAGUUAUACUAAUGUUCAAAACAGAUUUUGAUGUUGUUUUUCUUACAUAUUUCGGUUGUCAUGUCGACGCAUCUGUUCAUUUUUUCCCACGGUAUCAAUGCGGACUUUACAUCUUUCUUUCUCAUGCGUAUACUCGUCAUGGUCGUUCAACCAGCUACAAUGUGACGAUAUAUGAACCUUCCUCUACCAAAUUUUGUGCUGGUGAAAUCCUUUUCUUUUUUCGUUACAAGAAUGAACAUUUUUUUCUCUUUCGACAAUUCAAAAACUCUGACUUUCGUUGUUCAUCUCUUUUUAAGAUGGAUCCUGCGAUAGCUUCAUGGCGCGAAAGAAUCGAUAGCUUCUAUUCCUUUUUCACAUCUCAAACUGUUCGUCGAGCAGCAACUAAAAGUACAAUUACCAUUAUUCCUGGAGUAUCACGAUAUAGUAGUCAACAAUCUACGAAUAGCAAAACUCUCUCACAAACAACAACAGGUAAUAAUUCCGCCUUUUCAAACUUAUCGUCAAAUAAAUAA